AUGCAAUUUUUUCAUUUAUAGAGAACAGGAAAGUUCAAAGAAUUGAUUGAGAAGUAAAAAUGUGAAAUUUAACAAACAUAAAAGUUGCAUCAUUAAAAGUUUGAUAUAUUGGAACAAUUAAAAGCAUUUAAAAACAAUGAUUCAAAAGAUUAGUAACAAAUAACUCCUAUAAUUUAGAUAGAACAAAUAGAUUAAGAUUAAGUAAUUAGAUUUACCAAAAUUAAUGAAAAGAAUAUAUUCAGAAAAAAAACUUAAAGUUAACAGUUAAUUAUAGGCAAAACAAAGUGAGAAGACUGAAGCUAGCUUAAGUAAAUCUAAGUUCCAUUCAACGAGACUUAAGACUAAUGAUGAAAUUCCAUUUGUCAAGCCUAAAUUGGUUAAUAUAGCUUCAACAGAUAGGAUUUCAACAGAAUGCAAAGAAAGAUAAGAUUAUCUGAAUUAUACUUUCGGAACAUAAUUCAGACUUCGAACAACAAAUAUAUCUCAUUCAAAUUGUAAAAGCAUGAUGAAUUAAAAAAGAUCCACAUCUCAAACAAGUAGAAUAAUGACAACUUCAUAAUAAAGAGUGAUUAACAAAAUUUUUUAAUGA